GCGUGCGGGGGCCGGCGCUCUAGUGACAAUGGCCAGAGGCAAACUAAGAGGACAGGAGACCAGGGACGUGUUCCACAUAGCCACCCAGAAACACCUGAAAGCUAAGAACAAAGCAAAGCCCAUCACCACCAACCUCAAGAAUAUAAGUAUUAAACCACUGGCUCCUCAGCAGUGUCGUGACAAUGAACCAGUUAGUGUUGAUGGAGCUCCCGAGUUGAUGGCUCCGUUGUAA